AUGGACUUAAAUGUUAUCAAAAAAAGAUUUCGCAAGAAAAAGGUUCUUAUUGUUAUUGAUGAUGCGGAUCAAAAUAUUCACCUGAAUGCAUUAGUUGGGGAUCGAGAAUGGUUUGGUAUUGGAAGUAGGGUAAUUGUCACGAGUAGAAAUAAGGCUAUUUUAGUUGCUCAAAAAGCAGAUGGGAUUUAUCAGCCCAAGAAAAUGAACCUAAAUCAAUCUCUUCAACAUUUUAGCCUUCAUGCUUUUAGAAUGACUGAACCUCCAGAAGACUAUUUGGAACUGCCAAAAGAUGUAGCAAAAACCACUGGAGGACUACCCUUGACUCUUCAAGUUGUAGGUUCAUCUUUAUUUUGCAUGGGAAAAUCAGUAUGGCAAGGCACAUUGGAGAAGUUGCGAGAUGUUCCUAAUAAUGAGGUCAUGCAAAGACUGAAAAUAAGUUAUAAUGUAUUAGAAUAUGAGGGGAAACAAAUAUUUCUUGAUAUUGCGUGCUUCUUCAUUGCAAUGCAUAAGGAUGUUGCACGCUACAUAUGGGAAGCAUGUAAAUUUUAUCCUAAAGUUGGACUUGAUGUUCUUCAACUAAGGUUUUUGAUAACAAUUGGUGAUGAUGGUUAUUUGAGAAUGCAUGAUCAGUUGCGGGAUCUUGGAAGAGAAAUCGUUCGUCAAGAAAAUAUUAAUGAGCCAUGGAGCGUAGUAGGAUAUGAUCUCAAGAGGAAGUGUUGGAUGUAUUAG